AUGUCACAAGCAGAAAUUACCCGGGCAAACCACGGUGCCUCCAUUCCUGAUAUCGACGCCAUAGGCAGCGAGCAAGAGAGCAUCGAGACAUGGCGCCAAAGAUGCAGCAUCAAGAAAGAAAAUCAGAUUCGUCUGGUUAAACUGGCACAUAUGCGAUAUCAACACCCUGAUCUAGACCAGAUUACGACCUUCCUACAGGACUUUGGUAUGGUCGUGGCCAAGCGCACUGAGGAAAAGAUCUGGUAUCGAGGCUAUGGGGACGACCAGUACGUGUACUACGUUCAAAAAGGGCCUAAGAAGUUCCUCGGUGGUACCUUUGCUGUUGAGGCCUAUCAAGAUCUAGAGAAGGCUGCUCAGCUGGAUACCGCCGGCUCAAUUCAAGAACUUGCUGAUGCCCCCGGAUGCGGGUUUAUGGUCUCCCUGGCCGACCCGGAGGGAUUUCCAAUGAACCUGAUGUUCGGACAGAGUCCAGCCUCUAAGGGCGAAUUUCCCGAGAAGAUCAUGAUCAACUACGAAAACGAGAAGCCUCGUACACGGCGAUUCCAACGAUUCGAUCCUGGGCCAGCUGCUGUGCAUAAGCUCGGCCACUACGGUCUCUGCACGCAAAAGUUUGACGCGCUUGUUGACUUCUAUACAUCCACAUUCAAUCUCGUCCCUACGGAUUUCCUUUACGUGGAAAAAGAAGGCAAGAAGCAGAAUGUGGCGCUCUUUGCACAUAUCGAUCGCGGCGAGGACCUCGUGGAUCAUCAUAGCUUCUUCAUGAGCACAAAUGCCACCUCGCAUGUCCAUCACUGCUCAUUUGAAGUACAUGACUUUGACACUCAAGCACUGGGUCACCAGUGGCUUGCCCAAAAGGGGUACCAGUCUGUUUGGGGCGUGGGUCGCCAUAUCCUGGGCUCACAAAUUUUUGACUAUUGGUGGGAUACCACGGGCAACAUGAUCGAGCACUAUGCGGAUGGCGAUCUUGUGAACGAUCAAACCCCUAUUGGAUAUGGUCCUGCGGGGGAUGAGUCGUUGGCGGUUUGGGGGCCUGAGGUGCCGGCCUGGUUCUUGCAGUAG